AUGGCAAGCGAGGCGACGCUCGUGCCGCUAUACACGAGCCCCAGCGCUUCUGAUGGGAGCAACUACCAGCUGCACACUGCUGGUGUAGGCGUGCUCCAUCGUGCGAAGCUGUCGACGCGAAAAGUGGCGCUUGUGGGCGUUUAUUACGUCGUCGAUCCCAGCAACUCGACGGACGAGUGUGAGCGCGGCCUCUUUUUGAGUCCCAGUACCGUGUUUGUGUCUGCACAGAGCGCCAAUAUGCUGUUUCUAGUGCUGCAAGGCGUCUCGCUCGUUGAUGAGCCAUUUUGGGGCACGCUGCUGUUUGUAUUGAGCUCGCACGUGAUGGUGGUGGCCCAUGGCGCGAUCUCUGCUGCCAAGAUCGGGACAGCGCUGCCAUUUCUAAAGGACUUUGCCCAGCUGCAGGUGGUCGAAACGUCUGAUGAUGCCGAUAGAAACGCGUCGCUACUGCAAGACCUGGCGCCACGGCUUUCGUGGGGUGCAGUGGACCUCAAGAUCAAGGACAUGGGCGGCUGCGAGUCGCCGUCCACGUACUUUGAGCAGCAGUUGGCCAGCGGAUCAACGGAUGCGCAGCUGCUAUUGAAUGCUCUAGUCCCAGUACGAGACUGUGUGGUGCUGAAGUUCCACUCGUUUCUGGAGCCUCAUCUCCCGCACACAUCGCCCAAGCUGCUGACGCAUGCAGCAGACCGACUUGAGUGCAAAUCCUUCUUUGGGCGUUACAUGAACGGCGCUCUGCUUGUGCGAUUCAUCAGGUCGUUGACACAUGUCAUGGCAGCUCCAUAUGGCUCGUCGGUAGUGCUGCAGCGCGUGGUGGCGAAUGUGUUUGCUGCACAUUGGCAGGACCUCAUCAAACAAGCCUACAAAGCGUACUGCGACGUGUUGCAUGCGAGAUUGGCGGUGUAUGAACGAGUGCCAGUCACUGCAGAGUACCUUGUGGAUGUCACAGAACGAAAGCUGAUGGCGAGGCACUCGCAGCACAAUCAGCAUUAUGCCUUCGGAGACGAUGGAAAGGGAGUCUACUCGGUUUUUGACGAAUUUGGUAAUUUGAACACACAGCAGGUUUCUGACGAGAACGCCGAAGGAGGGGGUAGUAUGGAGACAUUGCCAGCAACUGCGCAGCUCGAUACGGGUCUGUUUAGCUUUUUGAAAAACAGGGCCGGUCGUGCUUUUAGCAAACAGAUUUCGCGACUUCCGGCUAGUCGCUGGAGCACGCUGAGUAAAGGUGGAGGCCCAGCAACAGCAGGAAGUCAUUGUGGAGGAACUGGUGGUGGUCAAACGGACGUAGAAGCGGUAGAAGCUGAUGCUGCAGUAAACGCGAAGGCCGCAGGAGCACCUGAGCAACUGCUGGCACGGUGCAUGGCAAGUAUCGCAAGUUACUCGAUUCCCCCGGAGUAUCAGAACGCGCCUAGUGAGGCGAUGCCUGUCGAUACUGGUGUGUUAGAUGCAGUGCACGCAGAUGGUUUGGAUGACGCUCACGCAAUAUUGAAGCCGUUCCUAGUGGAUUUGCGGGGUCCCCGAUCGUCCGGCCCGAAUCUUGCCGUCUCGCUUGAUUCCCAGCAUUUGUGGGCAAAGCUGGCUAAUGUACGGAGGCGCUUUGAUCGCGCAAAUGAAGUUUCGUCGGCUAUUUUUUGUGGUGAAUUGCUUCGUUAUCUGCACUCAGUGGUGCUUCAUAAGAGUGAGACCGACAAGGUGGCGCAGCAGCAGCAAUUACGAGGCCGUGCUGAAUCUUCGACAAUGCACGUCGACAAAAAGAGUGAGAAUAUUCCUGUCGAUUUGACGCGAGUUCCGUUGGAGUUGCUGACCUACAAGAACAAUCUCGAGGCAAUGGUGUCUCAGUACAACUUUGUGUCUCGUGGUCCCCAGGCUGCAACAGUCCUUGCGGGCUUUCUUCAUGGACCCGUCCGCAACCAGCUGCGACACUUGGUCCAACAAGAGCACGACCGUUUUUCUGCAGCUUGCCAGGUGAAGGAACACCGUAUAGACGAAUUGAGGGAGUCACUAAAGAGCAAGGAGCGUCAGGUACAGCGCAUUACUAAGGUGAACACAGAGUGGGGGCUUCAAGAACGAGAGGCUGUUGCCAAGAUUGAACAAUCUCAUGCUGAGCAGUUGAGCUCACUUGUAGGUGCAAUAGGUGGUAUUGACGCACAGAUCGAAAGCGCAUUGGCGGAGCAGCAAGCUUUGUAUCAGAGCACGAUGCAGGCGACGAGGCGCACAAUCGACACCGUGGACAAGGUGACAGACAAGGGCCGUAUGGUGUCGGGCUACCUCGAUCGUUAUGAGAAGGGCCACGUAUUUACUUCGCGAUGGCGCCAGUAUUUCUACGUGCUGAAGCAUGCGACGCUUACAUGCUACAAGUCGAAGAGCGAGUACGAAGAACGUGGACCUCCGCUUGAGCAGCCUGUUAGCAUUAGUGGCUACAGCGUCGUGCGCAGUCGAACUGAUGAACUCAAGAUCAAAUUGGUUCCACCCGGUGCAAGCCGUCGAAUGUAUCGCUUUCGCGCCCCUGCCAGCGUAGGCCGUGAAACAUGGAUAAAGCGAUUUACAGAGGCCACACAGCUCACAAGCCGAUAA